UCCUGUCAAUCCCAUCGAGGCCAAACGGCACUGUCUUGUUGUCAACUCCUUGAAGAUGACUUCCUCAAGUGGUGAUCGUGGGUCCCAAGGGUCUUCAGCAGAUCAUACAGUUGCCAAAGCAUUCCGACCUAGCCUCGCGUUUCGCGACAGCGCAGGCUCAAGCAUUGCCUCUAGAGGCAGCAAUGGCGGAGACCGACAUGACGUGAUGGUCAAAUUUCUCUUUAGGCGGUGUUCUCAGGCCAAAUGGCUUGAGCCUCCAGAAGAUGAGUACGGCGUGGUAGAUGGAGGUGUUGUCAAUCUUGGAGUUCUUCUUCGACGUCCCGACGGAAUCUUCACCGCAGAACCCUUAUUUCUGAAUCCAGAACUUGUCAGCGCGGUAGAGAGGCUGAACGCUAUCGUCGCCUUCACCAUGUCCUCGGAGAUCACGCACGCACUCUUGCAACAAGUCACACCCUUCCAGACCGAGCUAUCUUUAGACCCACGCGGCUUCGUAUUGCCCAUCGUCAAUUCCGUAAAAGACAUUGCCAUCGGAAGUUCGUCAGUUGGACACGAUGCCUAUGUAUGCCUCUGCAAACAAGAGCGCAUCGUCCUUGUCUGGGGAGAUACAGUGCCCGGUAUACUCGCUCACGGCACCGACAUCGAGACAAGACUUCUUGGGUUGGUUUGGGGCUCUCACAUCCCGUCGCACAACUCGGUCUCGGCGUACCAGCAGGCUCCGCAGAUACAAUCGCAGCAACCUAGCUCGCAUGGCCAGACAAGAUCAUCCGUAUUUCCGAUAUCUACACCUGCGACAGGGCCGCUGCCCUCUGAAAUGAGCGAAAAGAUCGGUGCUAUCGAUCGCGCAAUCGAGGUUGAGGAGAUGGGAGACCAAGCGUUCGAUCCUGAAAAGGAAGCCGAACUCCCAGAACGAAAAUUCCUCCUGGUUCAUGCAGUCACCAUUGGAAUAGCAAUGGUGUUGGUUAUCGUUGUCGAGAUGGCCUGUGUGGCACAGUUGAUCAGAGAAUAUCGCCUGGACGGAACGAUGAUAAGAUUUGCACUGGUUGCGACCAUUCCACUGUUCGCCGCAUUUUCACUGUUCUUUUUCAUCGUCAUAGGCGGUUCCUUGGGCCAAUUGUUUGGUCCGCUUUCAGCAUUGCAGGGAAACAGCUUGUAUUAUUCAGGCAAAGCACCAAAACGCGCCCGCCAUGUCAACUACGAACUUCCGCAUGUUACUAUCCAAAUGCCGGUUUACAAGGAAGGUCUGAAAGGUGUUAUUAUUCCGACUGUGACAUCACUUCUGGCUGCCGUCAGAUACUACGAGCAACAGGGGGGCACUGCUUCGAUAUUCGUCAACGAAGAUGGUAUGCGCACCGUUUCACACGAGAUGCAAGAAGCACGCAAAGCUUUCUACGAACUAAACAACAUCGGAUGGGUAGCCCGACCCAAGCACAACGAGCCUGGCAAGAAGAAAAGAAGCGGCGGAUUGUUUUCCAAGAAGAAAGUGGAAGAAGAUGAUAGCGAGAAAACUGGAGAGCCAGAACCAACAUUCAUCCGCGCAGGUCACUUCAAAAAGGCAUCAAACAUGAACUACUGCCUGGACUUCUCGCUCCGCGUCGAAGACGAGCUGCUCCGCCUCAUCAACGAGCGAUGCUCCCAGCGUGGCUGCAACCAAGAAGAACUCACCGUCGAAGAAGAGGACGAGCUGUACAUGCAAGCCAUGAACACGAUGCUGGAGAACGACGAAGGUCGGACUUGGGCUGCCGGAAACAUCCGCAUGGGUGAGAUUAUUCUUAUUGUCGACUCCGACACUCGUGUUCCUGAAGACUGUCUUCUAUACGGCGCGUUGGAGAUGCACGAGAGCCCCGAAGUUGCGCUUCUCCAACAUGCAUCCGGCAUCAUGCAAGUCGUCAACAACGUCUUUGAGAACGGCAUCACCUACUUCACUGAUUUAGUCUACACUUCGAUUCAAUAUGCUGUCGGCAACGGUGACUGCGCGCCUUUCGUUGGACAUAACACCUUCAUCCGGUGGAAAGCCAUCCAGAGCAUCGCCUUCGAGCAGGACGGCAACACAAAGUUCUGGUCGGAAGACCACGUAUCCGAAGACUUUGAUGUCAGUCUACGCCUGCAAAUCAACGGCUUUGUUGUGCGUCUCGCGACGUACCACGACGGCGGCUUUAAGGAAGGUGUCUCGCUGACCGUCUACGACGAGCUCGCCCGCUGGGAGAAAUACGCCUAUGGCUGCAACGAGCUCGUCUUCAACCCCUUCCUUAAGUGGCCAACCAAGGGUCCCAUCACGCCUUUAUUCUGGAAAUUCCUAUGGAGUCCUAUCAAGAUCACUUCCAAGAUGACCAUUCUAGCGUAUAUCGGUACAUACUACGCUAUUGCAUCCGCGUUCCCCCUCUCGCUCGUAAACUACAUCAUCAUCGGCUGGUUCAACGACUCGGUUGAUCAAUUCUACAUUGCGAGUUGGAAGAUCUUCGUCGGCAUGGCUUUCAUCUUCAACGUCCUAUCCCCCCUCGCAUACGCAAUGUUGCGUCAUCGACUCGGCAAGAAAACGUUCUUUUGGUCGCUCUGGGAAACUGUGAAAUGGAUGCCUUUCUUCCUCCUCUUUUUCGGCGGCAUAUCUUUCCACCUCCUCAAAGCCCUCUUCUGCCACUUCUUCAGCGUCCGCAUUGAAUGGACCGCCACGGCCAAGGAACUCUCCGAAUCCGGAUUCCGCGUCGGUCUCGAUCGUAUCGUGCGCGAUUUCAAGUGGAUGUACUUGUUCCUGCUACCCGUCACGGGCGGUAUGAUCUAUCUCGCCGUCUUCUCGCCUCGUGGAUGGCUUAUCAGCGAUUUCACGGCUAUCGUGCCGCUCGCGAAUCAGGUUGGGUGCCAUGCUCUUCUGCCGACACUGCUCCGUCUUCAUCGUGAGGCUCGUUUCUUUCCGUCGAUGCCAUUACACUUAUUCCUACCUGUACAUGACCUCGGCGCAUGA